AUGUUUACAGUCAAAGCAACUUACGGUCGCUCUGGGGAAACCAGAAAGUUCCUUUACAAGGACUUCCCUAGCUACGACCAGCUUUACAGCAAUCUCUAUCGUGUCUUCCCUAUUCCUCAGGGAGCUGCUCUCUCCAAACUCCUCUUCUCUCCAGACUCAUCCAAGACGGGUACUGUCCUCAUUGCGAGAGAAAUUCGCAACCAGGACCAAUACACUUCUUGCACCGCCGCUUACGCGGCCAAUUCAACGGGACUUCUCCGCUUUACUGUUGUUGAGGCUGAAGUCACAGUGGAGCCCACUUUCAUACCCAUGUCCCAUAUCCCGCCUCCUCCAAUCAUCUUGUCAGCCACUCCAGGGAUGCCUGGCCCAAGCAUGGCACAACUCCAUCAACACACUGAGCCGCAGUCCGUGACCGCAGGCAAGGCCUGCUGCGAUAUUAAUGAAGCGAAGAUUCAAAUGCAAGACAUGGUUGCAAAGCUCAAAGACGACCUCGACCGUGUUCUCCAGUCCCCCGCUCUCACGCCUGCUCCUUCUGCACAUAUCCCCCUUAUGUCACCGCCACCCCCUCCUUCCUCGUUUUGUCUCUUCAAGUACUGCACAACGUGCGCAAAGAUAUUCCAAGGCCCAUGGUAUUCCUGUGGGAAGUGCACCGUUGUUAUCUGUCCCGGCUGUCACGCGAAUGAGACUGGUCCACAAUUCUGUGUCGCCGCUAUGGGGCCCCACAUUUUAACCAAGGAGGUUUGUGCAGCCUGUCCAAGACCUAAGUCAACCGAUCUGGAUGCCGCUAUCCCUCCCUGGCCACAGUUCUACCCGCCCCCACCGCCUCCUCCUCCAAUGUGGACUCCUCCAUCACAGACUUACUCGCCUGUGUACACAUUUGGCACCGCAACUCCGAGGCCCAACAAUGUCACCCCUGCAGUUCCUCCAGCCACAACAGCUCCCGUUCCAGCUCCUGUCAUCCAUCGAGGUGUUGUUUGCGACAUCUGCGACAAGGUUAUCGAAGGUAUUCGGCACAAGUGCCUUGACUGCCCGGAUUAUGAUCUCUGCACUUCCUGUAUUGAUUCUGGGUCUGCUGAGCGCCACAAUCCUUUCCAUGAGUUUUUGGAAAUCAAGGAGCCUGGGCGCGUCAUCGUCCACAACGUCUACUCUGGUGUUGGGGAGCUUGAUGCUACUCCCAGCACCAACGCCCGUGCCAUGCCUCAAGCUGAACCUCAUGUCGAGCCCGUGGUGCACUACGCCACUUGCAAUCUCUGCGACUCGAGGAUCCGCGGUGACCGUUAUAAAUGCCAGGAUUGUCCAGACUGGGACAGCUGUUCGGCUUGCUUCACUAUCGUCCGUGAACAGCACCCCAACCAUGCCUUCGUCAAGCUGGCCAACGUCUCCGACCUUAUCCGCUUGAAUCGUCGCUCACCUCCUGUGCAUAUGGCUACCUGCAAUGGAUGCUCCAAGACCAUUUAUGGCAUUCGUUACAAGUGUCUGCACCCGACUUGUCCCGAUACCGACUUCUGCGAGGACUGUGAAGCACUUCCAAUCCCCGUUCAUCCAGACAACCACCCGUUGCUCAAGAUGCGAUCGCCUUCGACAGUUAUCCCCACGGUGUACAAAGUUGGUCAGACCACGACGAUUGACCGUGCAGAGGCCCAAGCACCAAUUCCGCCACCCAAGCCAAUCAAUCUGACUUCUUCAACGUUCGGUCACGGUUUCAUGAUGAACCCCAACGCGCGCAGCAACACGAUGCCCGCAUCCUUUUUCGAUUCCCCUUCCGAAAGCUCCCGGUCUGUGUCGCCAAUCGGAAUGGAUUAUCAUCCCCGGCCAAUCUCCCCGCCAUUCAUUCCCCCACCGAUGAUGCCUGGAGGACUGUAUGAAGAAACCGGAUUUGCUCGUCAGCCCCAACCGAUCUUUGCAACCCGACCAUAUCAUCAUCCUACAGCUGUCUCACGUUUCUCGCACUCGCCAUCGCCUCCUCCUUCGCCUCCGCUUUUCGAACCGGUUCAACAAUGCCUGUCGCCGGUUGCUCAGCCAGCUUUGCCCAGCUGGGUUGUAGACAGCAGCGAGUCGUACAGGAGAUCGCUUCAAAUUGAAGAGGAUCUUGCCCGGCAAAGACGCGAGGCAGUUGAGCAGCUUGUACAGGCUCACAAGUCAUUGGAGCAGCGUGUAGAGGAACAACAAAUGCGUUGGACUGCUCCUGCCGUUGCUGAACCUGCUUUUUGGCCUAAAUCAUCCGACGAGUUACGCCAUCUGAUGCGUAGCGAGUAUGAGCCGCCUUCGAUUGCUUUCUCCAAUCUGUCGGUGCAAGAAGAACCAGCCGUGAUGGACUCACCCUUGACGGGCGAUGUGAUGCUCAACGUCGGACGCGUUGAGGAGGCAGAGCAAGCUAACAAGUCAUCUGGUCCUGUCACCUUCACUACCCAUUCGCUAGCGGCUUUGUUGAACGGAUACGAAAGUGAGAGUGAAGUCGAGAAGAUUCAGGAGUCGGCUGUUAUUGAGCGGACGACUAUCCCGGGACCAGAACCAGUUGCUGUUCCUUCUCUUGGGCUGCGCGCUACUUUCCAAGACGAUAUUACCCUUCCCGAUGGCCAAAUUUUCCCUCCUGGUGCCGAGUUCAUGAAAUGCUGGCGCAUGGUCAACAGUGGCGGUGAGGAGUGGCCGGCAAGCACAGAGUUGGUUUGGGUUGCGGGUGAGCGUCUUGCUCGUGGACCUGGCAUUCCUGCUAGUGUUCCGAUUGGCGUCGUCAAAGUUGGCGCAGAGAUUGAUUUGUGGACGGGCGAGUUGAAGGCACCUGAAGUCCCUGGACGAUAUGUCAGUUACUGGCGCCUGCGCAAUGAAGAAGGCAUGUUAUUCGGCGACAACAUUUGGAUCGACAUCACUGUCGAGGAGACCCGCUCAAAUGAGUCGUCGCUAAGCUCUUCGUCCAUUAUCGUCAUGCCGCGUGGAGCUCAAUCCAUCCCAACGUCGUCGGUGAAUGUUCCUGACGCGCAAAGUGGCUCAAGUGCUAGUCACGUGGAAGUGGAGGAAGAUGAUGAUGACUCUGACUCAAGCGAGUCUGAUGUGUCGUUGAUCAGCAUGCCCGUUUCGGACGACGAGGACUGGGCGGAUGUCCCAGCAGGCGAAGCGCCGCAGCGAUAUGUCGUGUUGUACGACGACACCAGUGCCACGAGUCACAGCGGGUCGGAUGAGGAGUAA